UCCCCUCCCACUAGUUAUUGCAGGCGUGAUCUGCCGCGCGCAGCGCUGCGUCGCACAUGGACAUGGCGCCCUCGCUCGCCGUAAUAUAUUCCGUCCCGUCCACCGGCUCCCCUCCGCUGCACUCCACUGCCCCGCACGCCCCUGCCACAUGCCGGGCCUCGCCGUCCAGCGGUGGUUCCUCAGCUGAAGCGACCGGGCUCGCUUUGCGUCUCCUGCGCGGCACUGCGAUGCUGGCUCUGCGACGGGGCCGGUGGUGACUUGCUGAGACAGCUUGCGAUCCCGCGACCGUGGCGGGAUGGGCAGGGCGAGCAAGUGGCUCCGGAGCUUCCUGCCGGGCAGGAGGGGCAAGGCCGGGGCGGCGGACCCCGCGGACCUGGCGCUGGCGCUGCCGGGGGCGACCACGACGACGCCGGCGUCCACGCCGGGGGCCAAGGAGAAGAGGCGGUGGAGCUUCCGGCGCCCGGCGGCGGCGUCGCCCGCCAAGGACGCGCAGGGCGGCCGGCUCGCGCACUACGGGUCCCUGGAGCCGCGGGUGCUGGACCCGGACCAGCACGCCGUCGCCGUGGCCAUCGCCACGGCGGCCGCGGCCGAGGCGGCCAUGGCGGCCAAGCAUGCCGCCGCGGCCAUCGUCAGGCUCUCGUCGUCCGCGCCGGGGUCCAAGCGCACCGUCAUCGGCAUCGACGAGGCCGCCGCCAUCAAGAUCCAGGCCGUCUUCAGAUCCUACCUGGCGAGGAAGGCGCUGUGCGCGCUGCGCGGGCUCGUCAAGCUGCAGGCGCUGGUGCGCGGCCACCUCGUGCGCCGCCAGGCCAGCCACACCUUGCGAUGCAUGCAGGCGCUCGUCGCCGCGCAGAACAGGGCGCGCGCGGCGCGGCUGCGGAUGCUCGAGGACGACAAGCCCGUCCGGACGCCGCGGACGACGCCGACCCGGCGCAGCUCGCCGCGCCACCCGCGUUUCCGCCACCACCAGGACAUGGAGGAGAACGUCAAGAUCGUGGAGGUGGACACCGGCGCCGGCGGCGAGGUGCACGGCACGCCGCGGACGUCGCGCCGCAGCAGCUGCUACGUCACGCCGCUCUGCCGCACGCCGUCCAAGAACGAGCUGUACCAGAAGAUCUCGCCGACGCCUUCCGCGCUCACCGACGCCAGCGCGCGCACGUACAGCGGCCGGUACGACGACUUCUCCUUCGCCACCGCGCGGAGCAGCCCGUGCCGCUACGCGCCGUCGAGGCCGCCGCACCACCGCGACGAAGGCGCGGACAGGCCAUCGGCCGACCACCCGAUGUUAGUGCCCAGCUACAUGGCGAACACGGAGUCGUCGCGCGCCAAGGCGCGGUCCCAGAGCGCGCCGCGGCAGCGGCUGUCGGUGUCGUCCGCCGCCGAGGCUGCCUGCCCGUGGGAGCAGCAGCCGAGCGGCGGCCGGCGCAGGGCGUCGCUGGAGAGCCAGGCGCAGGCGACGCCGGGCGCGCGCGGGGCAGCGCCCAAGUGCGGGCCCGUGCGCGUGCAGCGGUGCCCGUCGCAGGCGAGCGCGCCCGGGGCGUGCCCGUGGGGCGCGAGGUUGGACCGGUGGAGCGCGUCGGCGCACGACAGCGAGUGCGGGUCGACGAGCACGGUGAUGACCGCCGCCACCACCACGUACUGCUGGUCGCUGCUGGCCACCGACAACGCCGGCAUGGCUUGAGGCGACCUCGAAGGACCUGACUCGCGCUCACAUGGUUUGUGAAGAAAUGCUGCUGUGCCUGUAGGGACGGGACUUCAGGUAGCUGCGAGUACUGAAUUCUAGUGACAGCUCACUGUAGUUAACAGUAGAAGAAGCUGGGCUCCAACUCUGCAAAAUCUGUACGAGUGUUAUUCAAGGAUUCCAUGAACGACGAGACAGUUUUGGUGUUUUUGCGUGCCAAGAAUCAUGCACUGGUGUCUUUUCGUAGUACUUUGUUGUGUCACCGUUCGGCUUGUAUUUCGAUCUGUCAAGUCCUGGUCGUUUCAGACCCAAAUGAAGCAUGAGGAAUCAUCAGUGUC